ACAAAAGUAUUGGUUAAGUUACUUGUGGAUGGAAUUAAGCGUGGAUGGCGUGAUUUUUGUGGUUUGAUUACCAAGUUAACCGUGGAAAAUAAAAUACUACCAGUCCUCAUUGAAAGACUUGGAUGCCAAAAAACAUAUACACAAUAUCAAAACAGAAUAAAGUACUUGAAAGUCCAAUACCAAAGUUAUUUGGAUCUUCAACUUAACAACUCUGGGUUCGGAUGGGAUUCUGAGACAAAAAAGUGUACAGCUUUUGAAGAAGUAUAUAUGCGUUACGACUCCCAUAAUAUGUUUGAAGAUCUUCAAACUGUAUUUGAUGGUGCAACCGCCAAUGGUAGUAAGUCAGUUGGAUUGGGUGAUACUACUGAUGCACCCACUUGCAGAGUUGGUGAUGACCAAGUGAAAGAAACCUUGGUUUUUUGCGAGAGUGGCGAUGAUGGUAAUGAUGCAUCACCUAUUUUAGACAAAAAUCUAAAAGGUCAUGUCGAGAAAUUUAGCCCAAGAAAGAGAUUUAGAACUGAAGCAUGCAACAAUUUAAAGGAGCUGAAGAGUGAUACAAUGAUUCUGUGGUCACAAUCCUUAGUAUCAUACAACAAAGAGAAGAAAGACAACAAAAGGAAGCUGAGCAAAGAGAAGCUGAGAAAAAGGAAAACGCUAUCUAUCUUCGUCAUGUUUAUCCUGAAAAAUGCUCGUGAAGAAGAAGCAAUCCAAAUAGAAGAUGGUGAAUCAGAUUUGGACAUUAUGCUAUUAAUGUUGGAAAAUAUAGCUAGAGCUACUGUGAAAGAUGCCAAUCGUAUUGAACGCCCCCAUCGUCGACCGAUUACUAACAUUGGCUAUGCUUACAUUCAAAGGACUCUCAAGGAGGAACCUGAACACUUUCGAUCGUUAUAUCGUAUGUAUCCAACAUUUUUUGAGAAGCUAUGUGAUCUUAUUAGAACAAAGACAGCUCUACAAGACACCCGCAACAUAUGUGUUGAAGAAAUGGUGGCUACGUUUCUUCUCACCAUUGGUCAAAGUUCAAAAUAUUGUUAUACAAUAGACACAUUUAAGAGAUCGGUAUUUGCGACUAGCAAGAAUUUUCAUAAGGUUCUAAAAGCUUUAAAUACAUUGGUGCCAGAUUUAAUGGCGCGACCUGGAGUCAGAACAUAUGCAAAGUUAAGAGAAAGCACAAUAUUUUAUCCCUAUUUU